AAUUUGGAACAUCAACUCGCUGUCUAUCAAGUAUGCCAAGAGCUGUUUGGAAAGGUCCUUUCUUUGUUCCAUUCCCAAAAACUGCAGCGGGCGAAGCCAUCAAGACCCAAGCAAGAUCCUCCACUAUUCUCCCCUCUCAUGUGGGUAAAAAGUUUCUAGUUCAUAACGGAAAAUCGUAUCUUCCCGUCUUUGUUACUGAACAAAUGGUCAACAAGAAACUGGGCGAGUUUGCUCUUACUAGAAAACCAUUUUCUUACAAGAAAAAAGAACGAUAAUCUCCAAUCAUAUCUACACUGGCCUAUAGUCUCAUAAUGAAUGUCAAGUUUGGAUUGCCAUGGGCUUCGUUCAUACAGUUGCUUAUCUAUUUCUCUGUCACUUAAAAUCAGCUAUGCAAGUCGUCAUCUGAAUCAACCUCUUGUAGAUCUUGGAUUGUGAAUGAAAUUAAGUGGUAUU